AACAAGGACCUGGCCGCGGAUGGUGAUCUCGGUGGCUAGUGGGUAAAACAGCGUGCGGCGCGGUCGGCACGGAUUGUGCGAACCGACGGACAUUAUGAAUCCGAUUCUGUGCGAUUUUAUAGCCGGUUCCUUCGGUGGAGCCUGCGGACUGUUGGUCGGUCACCCGAUGGACACGGUGAAAGCGUGGCAACAGAAUUCAAACUACGGCAUGGGCAGCGCCAUGUACAACAUCAUCAUUCGCAAUAACGGGCUGAGGGGAUUCUACCGCGGGAUGUACUUCCCGCUCAUCUCGAACGGUGCACUCAACUCGAUCGUCUUUGCUGUCUACGGCUCCCAGUUGCGGUACUUACAGAAACACACCCGUUCGGAUCGACUGCGGAAAGCGUACUGGAGAAAGCACGUGUUUAUCGCCGGUUCCGUCGCCGGGCUGGCGCAAGUUUUUCUCGCCUGCCCGAUCGAGGUGGUCAAGGUGCGGCUGCAGACACUGUCCUUUAUCGGGCAUCCAUGGGCCUGCCUGAAGGACAUCUUCCGACGCGAGGGCAUGUCGGGCAUCUACCGGGGCAUCACGCCGAUGAUGUUCCGCGAUGUACUUCCGUACGGCGUGUAUAUGUACGUGUACGAGUACAUGCUCGAGAUCGAGCAGCGGCUGCACCGGCUGAGCAAGGAUCGUGCGGCCGGGGCAACGAUCGGUGGCGCACUUCAGGCGUCACUCAUUGCGACGGCUGGCGCCGUCGCCGGCGUAGCUUCGUGGAUGUUUAUCGUGCCGUUCGAUGUGGUGAAAACGGUGAUGCAGGCGGAAACGGAUCCCACCGUACACAAGAGCAUGAUGCACUGUUUCCGGUCGUUGAUCAAGAAACACGGAUGGCGUUCACUGUUUCGGGGCAGCUGGAUGAUCAUCGCCCGUGCGGCCCCCGUCAAUUCGGCCACCUUCCUCGCGUACGAGUAUUGUCUCGAAAAAUGUCAACAUGUGUUCAACGCGGCGUCGUGAAGUGCUUCCGUUUCUCAGGCGGGCCAUCGGAUCCUACUGGUGCUACAGUGUCGGCCUCCUUCGGAGAAUUGCUACGGGGACAGAGAUUGGACGGACUCGACAUAACUCGACGAUGUAUUUUAAGUUCAAACUAUCAUAAGUAUUUAUACGUACGGUUAAUAAAUGUUGCAUGU